GCGAGGAGAUUGCAUGGAUGAUCGAGGACUUGGACGCCAUCGAGCCGGCACCGCUGGAGUCGCAGAGAACGCCGACGAAGAUCUGCAGCUGCGAGGAGGUCGACGCCCGUCGGGAACGCGGCUCUUUCCUGAGGGUACGCAGCACCGAGGUGACAUGGAGUGCCAGCGGCUACUUGUCGCCCGACGAGGCGAUCUGGGAUCUGAGAAGGCGCACCAGCGAAGGUACAGAGUUCCGCUGGGAGCUCCAUACCUCGAGCACCGACUUGGAUCUCGUCGGCAAGACAAAGUGCAGCUGCCACAGUCUGACUCCGAAAGAAAAGAAGAAGAAGGAGGGCGUGCAUCGCGGCGAUCUCAGGAAGCACCACAGCGCGGAGACGGACAAGUGGUCGAUCGGUCAGAGUUUGCUGACCCCGAUGCACGACCUAAGGAAGCACAGCAGCGACGACACCAGAUUCGCGAGGGAGGCGAGAUGGUUGCAGGUGCCGGACGUGAUGCCGAAUCCGAAGCCCAGAUGUACCUGUCCCAAGGUGAAGACGCCGCCGCCCGCGUCGCCGGUGGAAGUGAAGCCGGUGGAGGUGAAGGAAAAGAAGGAGCCGGAGAAGCCGCCGCAGAGGGAAGAGAAAAGACUGCAAUACUCGAAGUCGCUGACGCCCGAGGAGCCGACCGUGCCGUGGGAGAAGCCCGAGGUGAAGAGGCAAGCCAGCGAGGAUCCGAGAGCCGCCAGAGGGAAGAGGGAUCGACCCAAGCUGGAGCGUUCAGCUCAAGUGAGAAGCGAAAGUUCGAGGAGAUGGGGCUUCAGUCACAAAGAGAAGGACAAAGAGAAGGACAAGGAAAAGGAGAAGGAAAAGGUUAUCAGCCCGGUGGAGAGCAAGAAGCCGAUACGAGCAAGAUGGGCCAUGAAGCCGCACGUGUCUCUGCCCAGCGAGAAAAAGGCGCCGAAGUGGUACAGAAGCAUGGACGAGCCGAAGAGCAAGAGUCUGCGCGAACGGCCCAAGUACAGCAUACGCAGGAGCAUGUCGCCGGAGCCGGAUCCACGGCAGAUGAGCAAGCUGGAGAACCGAAUUGUGCGACGUCUGAUUUCGCCCGAGAUCUCCAUCACCAGCACCAAGUGGGCGCCGUACGAGGACUCGUCGCCGUUACCGACGAUCGGGAUGAGGAAGCGUGACAAGCAGAAGCACAUCAGCGAGAUCAAGUGGACGCCGUACGACGAGUCGCCGAGCGACAUCCCGAUCGAGGUGAUCGACGACAAGAAAUGGUCACCUUUCCAAAAUGUCACGCCUACGCACUGUCCGCCGCCGGAGCCGGCGACGCCCAGUAAGAGCGACGACGAGGAUUUCCGGUGGAAGAUCCUUAACCAGGUCGCGCCGUUCCCGCUCUAUCAGGGCGGCUGGAGGGACGCCGAGUCGCCGGAGAGGACGCCGCUGAAAAAGCCAGAGGACUCACCGCCGAUCUGGUCGCCGAGGGUGCCUAUUACGCCCGUCACCAAGCGUCCGCCAAGCGUCCGCCAAGUGCAGCCGGAAUUAUACUCGCCGCAGUACUCGCCGCCGUUCCGGCGGUCCAGCAAGCCCCGGCUCAUGCGGAAGGGUGCGUUCAGGGCGAAAACGUCGCUACCCACUACCAGUCCUCUGGAGGACAGACUGCCCCAGGUCGGGCCGCCCCCGCCGACGGUAAUAAUACGUGCCGCUAGCGAGGAGACUAAACGACAGAAGCCCCUGCUGACCAGGUCCAAGGCUCUGCUGGAGGUGCCGAAGCACAUAGACGCAACGAAGAGAUCGUUGAGCGAAGAGGGCCCGCGCAUGCAUCCUCGCGAGCGUCCCAAACCGCCCGGAAGAACUCGCAGCGAGGAAGUGUCCAAGUACGACGAUCCUUGGUUGGUGAGGGCCGAGUCUCCCGAGCUGCCUCGGAGAGGGAGGCGUCGGCGACCCGCGACAGACAGCGGCUCGGUUUUCCUCGCAAGGGCCUCAAGAAGAGUAUAAUCUUCGAACCACCUAAAAGACGAGACGGCAGGGCACAGCUAGUCGAGACGGAGAUUAAACGAGGUCGAACGAGACAGGAAGGAAGAAGAUCCUAACGCGAUCGCGUCCCGUACCGGGCGCCGAGAACUUCGUUGGCCUACACGAAGACUACAAUGGAAAAUACCAAAAAAAAAGGAAGAAGCAGAGGAAGAGAAGAAGAAAAACGAAAUCACUUCGAAUUCAUUUUCGGCAUUCGAUGGUCAUUUUCACGGGAAAGAAACGUGUCGGAAGUUUCCCAGGAACGGGCGGAAGUCGUGGCGAGGGGUCGAGGACUGACUAUUAUUUAAAUAGAGUAUAAUAUAUACAUGUGCGUUUCGUUGCGCUCGCGGAGGAAGGGGGGGACGAGGAGGGGAAGGAUGGAGGUACACUCCUCCUUCGGGGCGCGGCGCCUGAAUGUUUCUCAGCUCAAGACGAAAUGUAGGGUCGCGCGCGCGAUCGGGCGGACAUCCGGCUGCAGGACAUCCGUCCGAACUCUGUGUGGAUGCGAGGUAGAACGGAAGGAGUCGGGAUGCCGCCCGGCCCGGCGCGCGCGAACGAGACGGUUCACGAUAGGGCGUUGAUUGAUUAUAUAGUUCUAUACCGUAAUUAGUAACGUAAAUGCUAUAAAACGAUUAAAGUACCGACUAGGGAAUAAUAAUAAUAAUGACAUGAAUCUCUCAUAGUGUAAGCGUAACUCGCGUUGAUUUCGCGGAGAGAGAGAAGAACGCUCUCCGUCAGGUAAAAGUACAUACACACACACACACAGGGUGCGUCCGACGAUAGAUCGAGCGUGGUUCCGUCUCGCGAUCACGGACGCGCGCGAAUAAAUAGCGCUAAGCAUAAUUUGUAUACGUGCGUACCCUCGUGCGUAUACAUGCGUAAUUAUAUAUGAUAUUUGUAACGUUCGCCUUCGAGCGACAAGUAUGUAAGAUGAUAGAGAAGGUAGUGGAAUGUGAAAAGAGAAGAAGGAGAGAGAGAGAGAAAAAAAAUCGCGGAGAUGCGAUUCGAGCGCAUCGUGAUGAAAAA